AUGAGCGGGCGGAGGAUAACCUUGUCCCAAUUAAAGUUCCAAUCAACCCAAAGUGACCGGGAAGACCGCCGCCAAGUGCGCGCGGAGUCCGCCGAAUGCUCCCGAGCCCACCCGAAGCGGGGGCGAUCGAUACCCCCCAACCCGCCCCCCGCCCCGCCACGUCCGGGGGGCAAAAGUCACGCUUUCGGCCGUCGAAAUCGGACCGGGCCCCUA